AAAGCGAAAUCCUCCUCGUUCCCACACGCGACAAUUUAACGCAUCCCUCGAAGCGCUUUGGAAGCACAUUAUCACGUGUGUUUAAAUUGUAAACCAGAGACUUCCACACCAUUCCAACAAACCUUAUAUCUUGCUGCAGCGUUACAAGCAAAUCUACUAUACGAUAUUUAUCCACACCAACAAUAUAAGCGGACAUUUUCGACAGCAAAGCGAUCCUCAUGGCUGCUAAAAUGAUGAAGGCUGUUCAGUACAAUGGAUAUGGAGGAGGUGCUGAAUCUCUUAAGGGCUAAAUGGGAUCAACACCAGGGCAAGAACAGAGCUGAUAUAUGUUAAAUCAUGUGGAGGUUCCAAUUCCUACUGCAAAGAAAGGUGAAAUGUUGAUGAAGUUAGAGGCAACGAGCUUGAAUCCAGUUGAUUGGAAGAUACAAAAAGGAUAUCUUCGUCCUAUUUUUCCAGCAAAGUUUCCUUGUAUUCCUGCCUCCGAUGUUGCCGGUGAGGUAGUCAAUGUGGGACCAGGGGUACAAGGUUUUCAACCAGGCGACAAAAUUGUUAGCAUGCUUAAUAAUAGAAAUGGAGGUGGCCUUGCUGAGUAUGCUGUUGCACCUGCUAAGACCACUAUGAAAAGACCUCCAGAGGUUUCUGCUGAAAGUGGUGCUAGCCUGCCUAUAGCUGGUCUCACUGCAUUGCAAUCAAUUCGGGAUUCUGCAGGUGUUAAACUGGAUGGUACAGGAAAGGAAGUUAAUCUGCUUAUCACAGCAGCUUCAGGUGGGGUUGGACAAUAUGCUGUCCAGAUAGCAAAACUUGGCGGAGCACAUGUUACUGCUACAUGUGGAGCUCGAAAUAUAAACCUUGUUAAAGACUUAGGAGCUGAUGAAGUUUUAGACUACAAAACACCAGAAGGUGCUGCUUUGAAGAGUCCAUCAGGGCGCAAGUAUGAUGCUGUGAUUCACUGUGCUUCCCAUUUGCCAUGGUCCACAUUCCAACCACAUCUUAGUCCUAAUGGCAAAGUGAUAGACAUUACUCCCAAUUUCAUGACAUUCACUACCUUUUUUACAAAAAAACUGACUCUAUGCAGCCAGCAAAUUGUGCCAUUCUUGGCGUCACCAAAUGGUAAUGACUUGGCAUACAUGGCUAACUUGGUGAAGGAGGGAAAGAUAAAAACUAUUAUCGACUCAAAGUACCCCCUACAUAAGGCAGAGGAUGCAUGGGCAAAGAUAAUGGAUGGUCAUGCCACAGGAAAGAUAGUGGUAACAUUUGAAGAGUAGUUAUUGGGAUCUGUUAGCUGUUCACUUGUACAGAUCCGUAUAAUGUUUUUAUUACCUUCAUUAAAAGUACAUAAGAAUUGUGUAGAUUUGUUUAUAAAAUAAUUGACAAGAAAAGUUAAGUUUGUAGUACUACUUGAUUUGCAAGUUGUGCUCAGUUAUAUUACCGUUAUUUGUAAAUAUUACUGAAUUUCUCCGCACUUCUGAGUAUUCUAUGUAAUCUGGAUUUCGUGAGCAUCUUUAACAUUUUAAUGUUUAAGCUUUGUUAAUUGUUAA